AUUCAAACUUUGGAGGCUUGGCACUGCAGCUUUGUGGCUUGAGCUCCUGGCUGUCAUGGAUGCGCUGGAGGUGAUCUGGGGCUUGCUGCGCAUUUUGCUCACAGUGGCCCUUCUGGCUUUUGGCCUUUAUUGCUGCUACAUAAAAUCAGUCCACAUGAAGUAUGAUCACAUCCCUGGCGCCCCAAGGGUGAGCUUUUUUCUUGGUCAUGGGCCACUCAUUUGGAAAAUGGUUAAAAACCAGGAGCCAUUUACUGAUCUCUUUCUGCAGUGGGCUGAAGAAUAUGGACCAGUCGUGCGUUUUAAUGUACUUCACAAAGCUGUGGUCUUGGUAUCAAGUCCCGAAGGAGUGAAGGAGUGCCUGUUGUCACCACAGUACCCAAAAGACCAAGAAUAUGAACGUACUUGUAAUAUAUUUGGUGAAAGAUUUUUAGGGAAUGGCUUAGUAAGCGAUCUCGACCAUGCCCACUGGUACAAACAGCGGAGAAUUAUGGAUGUGGCUUUCAGUCGAAGUUACCUCACUCGCUUGAUGGGAACCUUCAACGACCAAGCAGACAAACUUAUGGAGGAGCUGGAGGGAAAAGCUGAUGGAAAAACUGAAGUCGAUAUGCUGAGCCUGUUGAGUCGAGUGACCCUGGACAUCAUUGCAAAGGUGGCUUUUGGCCUAGAACUGAACACUGUCUAUGAUGACCAGACACCUUUCCCACGUGCCAUAUACAUGACCCUACAAGGACUAUCCAAAUCCCGCAUUCCUUUUUUCAAGUACAUGCCAUGGAACAGAAAAGAAGUGAAAGAUGUUCAGGAGAGCGUAAGGCUGCUACGUCGUACUGGGAAGGAGUGUAUUGAACAGAGGCGUAAGGACAUGCAGGAUGGAGAAGAGAUCCCGUUGGAUAUUCUCACUCAGAUACUAAAGGGUGCAGCACAGGAAGAGGGCUGCAACGAUGAACUGAUGUUGGACAAUUUUGUCACCUUCUUCAUUGCAGGUCACGACACCUCUACUACCCAGUUAAGUUUCACCAUAAUGGAGCUGUCACGAAACCCUGAGAUAGUUGCGAAACUUCAGGCUGAAGUCGACGACGUCAUUGGCGUGAAGAGAGACAUCGCCUAUGAAGAUCUUGGGAAGCUCCAGUAUUUAUCUCAGGUUCUCAAGGAAACCUUGCGCAUAUACUCCCCGGUUCCCUCUGUUCCUCGCUGGACAGUGAAGGAAACCGUCAUUGAAGGAGUCAGAAUUCCAGCAAACACAACUCUGAUGUUUAGUCAAUAUGUCAUGGGACGCAUGAAAAGGUUUUUCAAAGACCCGCUUAUCUUCAAUCCUGACCGGUUUAGCAAAGACCAACCAAUACCACACUUUUCCUACUUCCCAUUUUCCCUGGGAGGGCAUACCUGUAUCGGGCAGCUAUUUUCACAGAUGGAGGCUAAAGUGGUGAUGGCCAAAUUUCUGCAGAGGUUUGAAUUCCAGCUGGUCCCGCCCCAGAGCUUUAAAAUUAUGGACACACAAUCGCUGAAGCCAUUAGAUGGCUUAGUAUGCAGACUGAGACCACGGCGCCACCUUUGCUAUGAAGGGGAUUAAAUAAUCUGCAGUAGGAUAUGGUCAUUCACAGCUUGAAUUCCUACUGGAACCUGCUUAAAAGUUCCAUUUCCCAAUGGGUUGGAGGAGGAGAGAGCUCAUUUUGGAGUCCGGGCCAUUUUGCAAUCAUAGUUGAUGUGUGUUUGUGUAGGGCCACAU